ACCCAGGCGCCCUCAAAAGGAGUUUUUUAACAAAUGCAAAAAUUAAGCACCUUUACAACUUUUUCCUCAGGUCUUGGUUCAGCAGAUAUGAAGAGAUGUGCUUCCUCAAGUUUCAAAUUUUUCUUUACAUCAUCAAAGGGCAAAUGCCAAAAGCUGGAAGAGGCCUUAAAAUCAGAUUCAGGAACUCAGCUCAACGUGCUGCGAGGGGACCCGUUUGUCAGGGGGGGAGGUUCAGGCUUCGUGUCUGGUCUCAGUUUCCUGGAGCUGGACAAUCCUGCUGGAAACAAACAGCGAUAUUCUUCCUGGGCAGAAUCUGUGACUGGUCUUCCCCAAGUCAUAAAACAAAAGCUGACACCUUUGUAUGAGCUGGUAAAAGAAGUACCCUGUGCCUCCGUGAAAAGGCUAUACCUGAGGCAAGCGCUUGAGGAAUAUCUGGAUGAAUUUGACCCCUGCCAUUGCCGACCUUGUCAAAAUGGUGGCAUUGCCACAGUUGAGGGGACUCAAUGUCAGUGCCACUGCAAACCAUAUACAUUUGGUGUGGCUUGUGAGCAAGGAGUCCUCGUAGGGAAUGAUGCAGGAGGAGUGGAUGGGGGCUGGAGUUGCUGGUCCUCUUGGGGCCCCUGUGUUCAAGGGAAGAAAACAAGGAGACGAGAAUGCAAUAACCCACUGCCCAGUGAGGGUGGGCGAUCCUGUAUUGGAGAACCAUCGGAAAGCAGCCCAUGCGAGCAUGAGGAGCUGGAGCAUUUGCGAUUGCUUGAACCACAUUGUUUUCCUUUGUCUUUGGCUCCAAAAGAAUUCUGUCCAUCACCUCCUGCCUUGAAAGAUGGAUUUGUUCAAGAUGAAGGUGCGAUGUUUCCUGUUGGGAAAAACAUAGUAUAUACUUGCAAUGAAGGAUACUCUCUUAUUGGAGACCCUGUAGCCAGAUGCGGAGACGAUUUACAGUGGCUUGUUGGGGAAAUGCACUGUCAGAAAAUUGCCUGCGUUCUACCUGCACUGAUGGAUGGCAUACAGAGUCAUCCCCGCAAACCGUUCUAUGGAGUUGGUGAGAAGGUGACCAUUUCCUGUUCACGUGGCAUGUCCUUAGAAGGUCCUUCAGCAUUUCUCUGUGGAUCCAGCCUUAAGUGGAGUCCUGAUAUGAAGAGUGUUCAGUGUGUGCAAAAAGAGGCCCCUUUGCCACCAGCAGUGCCCGAAUGUCAGCGCUGGGAGAAACUGCAGAAUUCAAGAUGUGUUUGUAAAAUGCCCUAUGAAUGUGGAUCCUCCUUGGAUGUAUGUGCUCGAGAUGAGAGAAGCAAAAGGAUACUGCCUCUGACAGUUUGCAAGAUGCAUGUUGUCCACUGUCAGGGUAGAAAUUACACCCUUGCUGGGAGGGACAGUUGCACUCUGCCUGUCCCCACUGAGAAAGCCUGUGGUGCCUGCCCACUCUGGGGAAAAUGUGAUGCCCAGAGCGGCAGGUGUGUCUGCAGAGAAGCCUCGGAGUGCGAGGAAGGCGGCUUUCGCGUCUGCGUGGAAGUGGACGGCGUGGAGCAGACGAUGAGCGAGUGCGCGGCUGGCGCGCUCAGGUGCCGAGGGCAGGACGUCACUGUCACCAGCACAGGGCCCUGCGCCGCGGGGACCCCGUAGGCUCCCGGGCCCCUGGGCGGAAUCCCACAGCCCGCUGUGGCUGAGUUCAAACACACGUAACUGAGCGCUUGAGGCGACUCUGCCCGCCGGGGAGGCCCCUUCCUUCUCCGGGCCCUGCACCGUCUCUCCCCAACUCCCAGCUGCGGGCACCAGCACAGCGCCCCCCGCCCCGCGCCCGGUUCUGCCAAACCCGAAUCCAGAUAAUAGGCCUUCUCUUCUUAUGUAAAAUGGCAGUCAGGAUGAACAACGCACACGAACCUGUGCAAGAGCUGACUGUGUGUUCUUGGACACAUUGCUCACUUGUCUGGACCUUGACUUUCUAAAUCCGAAAAUUAGAGGCUUAGACCAGAGAAACUCGAAUCCUCCGUUCAGCCCUAGGAUUCUUUAACACAUGAUUGACCCCACCCAUGGGCCAGAACACACUGUACAGAUGGAUUAGGAAAAAAGGUAAGAUGAGAGAGGUUGGCUUCGCUCAGGGAAGCUGAAUGCUUAGGGGACCUUGAAUGGAAAAAGACAGAUGCAAUUAUCCACCCCAAGCAGCCGUCUCAGGCUUCCCCCUGUGACUCCAGCACCACAUGCAGGGAUCCGAACCCCGGAAAUGUCAGAACCACUGUGCUAUCCUCACGGGCACCGUCUGCCUUCUUGUCUGAGCACAAAUACAAUCCCCUCUUCUCUCUGGGGCUUUUCUCUAGGGCGUGUCAAGCGCAAGAACUGCAAUUUGCCCCCUUUCCCCCCUUUUCUUUUGUAGGAAGCGUGCGUUCAUGGCUGAGCUAUUGAGAGAUUGUGUAUUUGACAGCACAGUUUUCUCGCAUAUGAAUACAUGCUUGGAUUUUUCAGGGGGCCACACAGGUACAUCAAUUUGAGACAUUGGCCUUCUAUUUAUUCCUUAUUCAUCUUUCUUCAAAACAAAAAAGCAGCUGUGGGAGAUGAAAUGAGUGGGCUUAAGUGGAAUUUAAAAUAUGCUUUCAUAUACAAAUAAUAACUGUACUUUUCCGGUACUGAUAAAUACAUUUCAACAAAAGCUUAGUGAAAACGACAAUGAUUAAAAUCUCAUUAAAGAUACUGUUCUUUGGA